UUUACACAAUAUCUCCUCCUUAGUCAAGUUGGUAAAGGGGAGAUUCUCCCACAUAGUAGCUUUGAAAGGUUAACAGGUGCUUUCUGAAACUUUUAUGAUAUCAGAUGUUCUAGCUAUCUAACUGUGUUACAUAUAAGUAUUUAUUAUUAGUACUUGUUUCACCUUGUGUCAGAAGAAAAGAGGUUUUGUGACCACCCCUGAGUGAGUGAGUUUGUGAAUCUGGCUACUACUAGCCUUAGAGGUUUUUUCUAUUGGGUAAAUCUCCGAAUUUCUCAUAGUAUAUACUAUAUCUGAUUCAGUUGAAAUUUCUUCAGUGUUAAGAUUGUGAGUGGUUUUAAAAUUUCAUGAGUUUGUCUUCAAGAACCAGACUGUUGACACUAGUACCUGCUUUUGCUAGGUAUAAAGCCUUACAGUUUAGGUGCAACAGAUGGGGGAGUUGAUAAUUUUAAGUGGUGAAAAAUUAAAGUGAAACACAUCAUCUUACAGAAGAAGCUGUACACUGGUACUGUGAUGAGUCCUGCACAAAAUCAUGUAAAGUACAGGAAAUACUUAGGUGGUGUUUGCACAAAUUUGUCAUAGGAAAGGAAACACAAAACAAAGAAUUUUUUUGUCACAACAGUUUGAACGGAAGUAUUCACUUUACAAGUGAAUGAAUUAAAUCAUCUAUAUUAGUAGAAUGAAACAAUAAAUUCUUCCCCUGAAGAGCAACAUCAGAUUUGUCACCUUAAAGCCUUGGUCAUCAAAAAGUUCAAUUUGAAAAAUAUACUGAUCCAACUGAAGGACCGUAGACCAUUCCUAUAAUCGAUUGAAAUGUUUGCUUUACUUACAAACCAUCAUUAGUGCUAUAUUUGAUAGAUUCUGGAUAAAAGAGGGAUGCACAAAUAAAAAGUCUAGAGAGAAAAAGAGAGGAGAGAGAGAAAUAUUGAUUAACCCGGUACACAGAGAAAAUGGUCAAGAGAGAAGGGAAAGGGAAAAAGCCAAGGCGUGGCUUGAUAAAGCAGGAACCCAGUUGGUCAAUAAUCAAUCUCUAUAGUUUCUAAGCCAUGGGACCCUGUUACAUUCUCUUUGAUUCUAGUUAACUGCUGAUGGCCUAUGUGAUAUGCACCAUAUAUUUUGACAUUUACAAUGUGUUUGCUCUCCAUAACUUUUUAUCUCCUGCAGUGCAGCAAUUGCUUGGUAUUUGCAUAAAAAUAAAAAAUGUGUUAGCAAAGUUAUAAUGACAGUCGUAAAGAAGAUGUUCAUUGUGCACAAGUCUUGGGUUCAGAAAGGACAAUAUUUUCUGGGUUAAUGACACAAGUUGACUAAGCCUUUUGUCACUGAAUCUUAAAUCUGACAAGCAGAGCAGUGGUGUGUUUUAAUCAGCUGUAUAGAGAUGCCUAGGCAGUGAUUGUGUAAUUCACAAAGUAACAAUUCUGUGUGACAAAAACUGAGUGUUACCUUGGUAACCCACUGAUGACUUUCUGUAAAUAAAGAUUUCUGUCCACAGUUUUAAAGAGUUCUAAGCUGUUAUGGAGAUUUUCUGUGUCUAUUUACGGUCAGUACCCCCCUGCUGUAAUGUGAUGCUGUGAACACUCCAGCGGUAUGGGGUCAGCCCCAUCAGAGAGACACAAGUUCUAUCUUCUCCAUGACCUUCUUCAAACUCGACACACUUUGUUGGGAAAUACUCACACUGUCCACAUCUUCCGUGGACCGGGCGGCAAACUCGGAAUCAAACUCUCAGUACUGAGUUUUGGUGAUUCAGAGACAUUUUGCAUUGUGACCAAAGUAAAACCAGAGUGUCAGCUUUUGAACCGGUCUCAUCUUAAGCCAUUAGAGUGUGUGAUAAGCAUUAAUGGGAAUGAUGUAGGAGGGCUGAGCGAGGAGCUAGUGUUUGGACUCAUUGACUCCAUCCAGGACCCUGUUGUGACUCUGGUAGCUUGUGAUGUCCUAAAACACUCCACAGAGCAGCCCUGGUCAACUUCACCCAGUUGUGAGACGUACAAGAGAUCUCGAUCCCAACUCUCCAACUCAAGCGACUUGUCAAGCUCCAGCUCAAUGGAAGUCAGAAAGAAGCUGAGCGGAAUGAAGAGAAUGAUCAAGUCAAAUAGCGUGGAAAACGAUGAGAAAGAAUCGAGCGAGCAUGACUCGCUGCUCGCUGGAGAACAGAGAUACAACUCUCAAGUCGAUCAGCAUUUUAAUGCGGCCAGUUGUUAUGAGGACAAAAUAUGUUCUUUGCCGAUCAUGACUGAGCGUUGUCAUGUCGAGGAUGAGCAGUAUCAUUCUCUUCCUGCAACAGGGGUGUGUAAGGAAUGCAGGAACAAUAAUUGUAAUGGACAGAAUCAUGUGAUGGCUGUCGGCAAAGGCAGCAACUCCUGGGCCAAGUCUGUUGCAUUUAUUGGGAGUUAUGAGGACUUGUUCAAGUAUCCUCACAGAGUCAAAUGGGAUUGCUUUCCAAAGGCUGUGGUGUUACAGACCUCGUCCCAAGGAAAAUUUGGUUUCUCCUACAAGGUCAAAGAAUUCAAAAAUAACACAGAUGAUUGGUACACAUUGGUUACCAUGGUAACACAGGAUGGUCCAGCAGACGGCAAGCUGAUGGUUGGGGAUUGGAUACGCUCCAUCGAUGGCCAGGCUCUGGUGAACCCGAAUGAGGCUCUUUUAUUGGAGAAAAAAUUGGAAAACCUGAAGGAAGUAAGGGUUGUAUUCCAGCGCCCGGAGGGAAUGUUACCACGACACAAGUCAUUCCAAUCGGGACCUCGUCAGGAUGUGGUGGAGUCUAACCCCCCUCACCCCUCCAUCAGCUCCCCCACUGUAAUCACCGACAUCACAGGGCACCCAGUCAAACACAACGUCCCCCUCCCUGGCAGUUGUUCCCCCAUCACGUCUAAAAUAGGGGGUCGCUCUGAUGGCUACAUACGACAGACUAGUGCUAUGUCACAGUCUUCAGUGACCUCCAAACUCAGCACAGGGAGCUGUGAACCACGCCAUGUCAAACCCAAACCCAGCUCUUCCUCCUUGCUGGACCCCAGUAGUUUGUUCACUGUCCAGUCCUUGCGGCCAGUCUCACCAGGCGCAAAGGUGGAACAGGUGCAGAUUUUUGUACCUGGUUUACACUCCUCGGAUAAUGCCUCGGGAGGGCUAGAAGACUUUCAGAUAAAGGUGAAGUUCCCUAAAGUGAGAAUCUUUAUUUGUGGGACAAAUGCAAAGCAUCUCUCACAAUUGCUUUUGCCUGAUUUCUUAUUGCCAGUGGACAAUUCUCUUAGACUAUUUGACAGAGUUUGUGCUACCAUGGCAAUGGAGAGGUCAGGAGAGGUGAACUUUGAGUCUUGGUCCCAAUAUGACCGACUCUUGCAGAAUGAUGAGAAAGCCAGGCAUGCUAGUAAUGAUUCACUCAGUCGCUGUGAUAUUAAUACCACAGACCAGUCCUUUAGCUGUGGGGCUAUUAACACCGAAAUCUUCAUUGUGUAUGAUGAGAAAUUCUUUCUACAGUGUUGUCAGUAUUUGUUUACUAGAACCAGUGUAUUUCUAUUAACUUUUGAUGGGGAUAAAAUGUUGAAAUCUCCACCAAGUGAAAUUCACCGCUUACAAAACACAAUUCACACUAUUCGUGGAGCUGUGGGCUACGAGUGUCCUAUUCAAACCUACGGACUUCUGGGAACAGACUCUUCAGACUCAGGUUCCACAGCCACUAUUGAUGAAGUACGCACCUUAUUCUAUACCUCACAUGGCUAUCAGAUAGUGAAAUAUAAUGUUCCAAGACAUCCACAUUUAUUCCACAUGGCAGAUGGAGAGAGACCAAAUAUGGAUGCACAGACUAGUGUGUGGAAAUGUAUCAGUGAGAUUCAGGAGAAACAGCACAUUUUACUCAUCUCCAUGGCAAUGAUCCACCAAUUGGAGCAAAGGCGACAGAAUGAGGUGUUUUGCAUUGAUGAGGACGAUUUUACAGCAACAUUUCAGGAAACAGUGCCAGGGGUGGAUCUUGGUAUUCGGCAGGUGGUUUGGACUGAACUGCUUGAAUUUGGAGAAAUUCUUUCAUCCAAGGCUGCAGUGCUUCCUGUUCCAAGCAUCAGUCAGUUGGACAAGAUUCUCUUCAUCCGCCCCGAUGUGUUACUGGACAGAAUCCACCAAUUACAGACAAUCUCUCCUCGAAUCAUCCAAUCAAAUGAGGGCAUUAAACAAAUCUGGUUAAAACUCAUAGCAACCGGAUUCAUUUCUCAAUCCGAGUGGUCAGAGUUCUGUCCCCAGACUGAUUCCUACUCCAUGUCAAACAUUAAGCUACAGAUCAGUCCGGAGAAGAUCCAGCUCCUGCUGCAGGCAUUUGGAAUGACCUUCCGACAGGAAGCAAUCGACGGCAGCCAUUACUUUAUUCCUUGUUUCAUACCCGAGCCAGGGUACUCAGAAUCCACAGACACCAUGUCUGAGAGUCUGUACUUUCAGCUGAAGGGAAACCCACCACACAUAUCUAGCAUGCUCUACUUUCAUCUUGUGUUUCGACUGAACAAUGCCAGUGAUUCACGCUCUCUAGCUGUGACCAAUAGCAGCAGCUGUGUUAUCCACCAUGCUGGACAUGAGAUCACGCUCAUCCAUGAGAAACUCAGAGACCGAAUACAAAUUCAGCUCCACAGAUUAGAAAAGAAUGUCAGGCUGCACACAGUUUUGGACUGGCUUACUGAUGUCUGUAAAUCAAGUUUGGGGUCAGAGGUUAAAUAUGUACUGGGUCCGGCCUGUCCUUUACAAGAAAAGUGUAGUUAUGCCCAGCACACACGGAAGAAAUCGGGGGAACUCCAUGUCAUUGACUUGGCAGAGGGCCUACCCAUCUCAUGUGGCAACAUUAAAGUAGACAAUCAGGUCAAGGUCUGGCUCAAGCCAUCAAAGAAGCAACAGUCUAGUCGCCAUGAACCGCUGACCCACCAAGACACAGAGACUGGGUCCAAUGAGAGCUUCAAGUCAUUUGACACACCCACCAGCCCCGCCCCCAUGUACAUCAAGUCCCUCCCAUACAAUGUAUUCAGGGACGUGUACGAAAACCUCCAGAUCAACGUGUCUGGUGACUGGAAGUGUCUCGCAGGCUUGAUUGGCUUCACUCUGGAUCAGAUUUUGGUGUACGAAUCAAAACCAGAACCGGCUAAACUCCUCUUGGUGGACCUGGACCAGACGCACAGAAUGACCGUCAAACAGCUGGUCGAGUACCUGGCCAAACCGGAAAUGCAGCGACACGACAUCAUUGAAAAACUCUCCAAGUUCCUGAAUGGAGUAUGACGGAGUGAACAAGACACUGGGAUCAAAAUUGACUGGAAGUUUUCAAAACAAUAGGCAGUUCCAGUGUGAUGGUUAUAUGGGGAACGGUGACUUAAAUUAAGAUAGGGCAGCAAAAGAGUUACAUGUAUCAUUUAUUUUCUUUAUAUAUGAUAACAUUUAAAGCAAGGAUUUGCUAUGAUUGCCUGUGAUCAGAGUUUCAGUGAGAAAACUGCUUGUGUCUAACAUAUACAGCUACCAGUUUGAUUUCAUUCUGAAGUUUUCUCAACUAGCUGUAUUGAACAGUACAUAAAGACCCAUUUCUCUUUUCCUGGUUUCUUUAAGCAAAUGUAUGACUUAUUCAUUUAAUUAUUAGAAGUAUCAAUAUUUCUAUGUAAACCAUGCCCCCUAUGAUCUUCUAGAUAUCAUAAUUUAAAAUUUUAGAACUCGACAAUCUCUUUGAUACACAUAUUAUUACAUGUAUCAAGUUUUGUUACUGCGCUUUAUUAAGUAAGUUUUUUUUUCUUACACAAAAUGUGCAUGCAACAAUUGAUAUUAUUAUUGCAGGUAUAUUGGAGUUUUUUCUGUGCAUUUACGCAACAAUUUUGGACCCUUUACUUAAAAGACAUGUUAAUUUAUUAGCUAGCAUUGUUUUUGUCCACAGACUUGUGAGAUUUGAGUGCUACAUGUAGUUACCCGGCCCACUUAUGAGGUCUCUUACUUCAUUAUGUUGAUUCUGAAGCAUAGCUGUAAAUUUGCCAGAUACAUACAUGUACAUUAUUCCUAAAAUAAUUUCAUGAUAGUUUUGCUUUUUGUUGUUGCUCAACACAUGUUUCUAGAGUAAUGUGAUGACUUUUUGGGAUUGGUCUGGUAGGGAAUAUACCUAUGGCUGUCCUGUAUCUAGAUUCCUACUUUGACAUUCCAGAUUUUUGUUUUUCAAAAGUAAUUACUCAUUCCAAACAAAAUCAUUUUAGCUGCUAACACAUUCCAAGUCAGACCCAUUCCUACAUGCAUGCAAAUUAUGUUUAUUUUUUGUACCCGUUACUAUUCUAAAAUUUCAUCGUCACGUUUUUUUAAAAAAAUUUAUGAGUAUUGUUACAUAAUGAUAUUGAACGUCUAGCUUGUAAAUUCACAGCUGUAUACAGAUACCCCAUUGAUUGAUCAGUGUUAAACUAUUCUGCUUUAGCAACACAGCAGUCCUAAGUCACAGUUUCCAUGUACCGAUCUCUAUUUAUAGUGAAAUGGUAUAUGUUUUAAUACUUAUUUUGUUGCUUUAUUUUCACUUCAAAAUACUGUUUUCAGCUCAGGAAACAAGUUCAUUUUUUACAAAUGGUAUAUUAUCAACUGAUAUUACUUUGCUUAUCACGGACAAUCAGCAUUGAGGAAGAAAAUUGUGAGCAAUUUUGAAAACUUUGUCAGACAUGAAUUACAUGUAUUAUAAAAAUAAUCCUAUGUAUCAGUUAAUACAAUGAUAAUACAUUUUACGCUUUAGAUUACCUGACUUAUUGGGGAAAUUUAUAAAAGAUGGAAAAUAUACUCUGCAUUACAUGUUCGUACAUUGUGAUCACUUAACAUAAAUGAUUUCAACAUGCAGACUCCCCAAGUUCCCAAGCUUGGUGAUUGUUUAUUUGUUGAUUUUGUCCUUCACUUUACUUAUAAACAAAAACAACAACACCUAUCUAUCUGCACCGGCAAUCUUCUUCCUUGUGGCAACAAGUGCUUGUUUUGCUCAGUGUUCAAGUGCUACUCUCCUAUCUCAUGAUUUAUUUACGUUUACAAGUUGCCUCUUUAGAAACAAGAACUAAAACAGUUAUAGACGCAUACAUAUAUCUGCAAAUUUCAGAGUGCAUUUGUCGCAGAUGAAUAUGAACUUAGAUCAGUAAUUACACUACAUGAGCAUUGUGAUUGUACAUUAUAUAUGCACUGUAUGUAGAAUCCUGAUAUAGCCACUGAUGUGUACUACUCACAAUUUAGUAUAAGCAUAAGGGUAGGAACUAUUUGUAAAUUCUAUAGGAUUGAAUUCAUGUAAAGUAGAAUUGUUAUGUAUGUACAUGAAAUAUGACAGAAUAACUUGUUCUGAUUAAUAUUGAUAAAAUAUCUUGUAAAGAAUUUUUGGAUUAAUUUAUAUAUACAUGUACUGGUAAUGUGUUAUAUUUAAACCUGUAUCUGUGAAAAUCAGAUUUAUUUUGAUUAAUUUUCUAUUUGAUUUUUUUCAGUAUUAUUUUUUUGAGGAUGUAAUAUUUAAAUAUUAAUUAAAAUCCAAACAAAAAAAUUUUGUGUUUGUUCUGGAAUGAGGAUGGCCUAAACAGAUACUGUUUUAAAUAUUUAAUAUGCAUUAUUUAAUUGAUCAACUACAUUAAAACACGCUUAUAACAAAGUCCUAGGGAUGGGUAAUUUUUACUUCUUAUAAGGGUAAUUUGUUAUAUCCAUCAAGUUUAUUACAUGUAAUAGAGUCAUGGGGAAUGAAAAUGACUUUGCUGUAAGCGUCAA